AUGAAGCCUUCAAGACCCGUUCUCAGAGCACUCGCACAAGUCUCCAAGUUGCAACGCCGAACAUUAUCCACCACUCAGUCAUGUCUUGCCAGAAAGCACCCGAAUGGCUACGCCCCACCCGCACGAGAAGAUCUAGAGGAACUGCGUGAGAGAACCAGGGAGUUUGCUCUUCGCGAGAUUCCUGAAGAUGUUGCUGUAAAGACGGACCAGGAGAAUGAGUUUCCUAACGACAUGUGGCGCAAGAUGGGUGAAGCUGGGUUACUAGGAAUCACCGCUGAUGAAGACUAUGGCGGUCUUGCCAUGGGCUAUCAGGCUCAUUGCACUGUCAUGGAAGAGCUGUCCAGAGCAUCAGGCAGCAUCGGACUGUCAUACGCUGCUCACUCACAACUAUGUGUGAAUCAGUUGAUGUUGAACGGCAACACAGACCAAAAGCAAAGAUUUCUACCAGAUUUGAUUGCUGGUAAGAAGGUCGGUGCUUUGGCAAUGUCUGAAGUUUCGGCCGGAAGUGAUGUCGUGAGCAUGAAGAUGACGGCAAAGGAGGUCGAUGGCGGUUACCUCUUGAAUGGCACAAAAUUCUGGAUUACCAAUGGUCCCGAUGCAGAUACGAUGGUCGUGUACGCAAAGACAACACCUGAUGCCGGCUCAAAAGGCAUCACUGCCUUCAUCGUAGACACAACAACCAAAGGUUUCUCAUGCGCUCGCAAACUCGACAAACUCGGAAUGAGAGGAUCCAACACCGGUGAGAUCGUCUUCGAGGACGUUUUUGUUCCUACCGAGAAUGUGCUUGGUGAAGUCAACAAAGGUGUCCGAGUGCUCAUGGAAGGUCUCGACUUGGAGCGUUUGGUCUUGAGUGCAGGCCCACUCGGACUGAUGAAAGCAGCCUUGGAUGUGACUCUACCGUACGUCCAUGAACGCAAGCAGUUCGGCCAGCCAAUCGCAACAAAUCAAUUUAUCCAUGGAAAGCUCGCAGACAUGUAUACGAAGUACAAGGCAUCGUCAGCUUUCACAUACUCGGUAGCUGCUGCGAUCGAUAACGAUCCAGACAACGCCCAGAUCAAGACUCAGGACUGUGCGGGUGCUAUCCUCUUUGCCGCAGAGAGAGCUACCGAAUGUGGAAUGGACGCCAUCCAAUGCAUGGGCGGCAUGGGUUAUAUGAGCGAGAUUGCUGCAGGCAGAAUCAUGCGAGAUGCUAAGCUGUAUGAGAUUGGCGCGGGAACCAGCGAGAUCAGAAGGAUGGUUAUCGGAAGAGCAUUUAACAAGGAAUACCUCAGGUAA